AUGAAGUUCUCUGCCACCGUCGUUGCUACCUCCCUCCUCGCUCUCGUCAGCGCUGCUCCAACCAUCAAAGCCGAGCUACCUGACCCGAGCAAGGUCUGGGUUCAGAAGAUCAUUACUGGCGGGACUGGCUGCCCCGCUGGUACCGUCUCCCAGCAGAUCUCCAAUGACCGAUCCACUUUCACUUUGAUCUUCGAUCAAUACGUUGCCUCCAUCGGCCCAGGUAUCCCAAUCACCGAGAGCCGCAAGAACUGCCAGCUGAACGUCCACCUCAAUUACCCAGCUGGAUGGCAAUACAGCAUCUUUUCCGCAACUUACCGCGGAUAUGCCCAACUCGAGAGGGGCCAGUCCGGUACCCAGAAGUCUACCUACUACUUCUCCGGCGACAGCCACCAGACCAGCACUCAGACUGAUUUCUCCGGCCCAAUCAACCGCGACUACGCCUUCACUGACAACGUCGACCAAACCUCCAAUGUCUGGUCCCCAUGCGGAAGGGAAGGCCUGCUCAACAUCAACUCCCAGGUCCGUAUCACCGGCGACAACAAGAAGACCGGUCUCCUCACCACCGACUCCGUCGACGGCAAGUUCACUCAAAUCUUGGGUUUCGCCUGGCGCAGAUGCUAG